UAAAUGUCGGUGUUUGUGCGGACCUGACAGGCUCGGCAGGAUUAUAUAACCUCACACGGCUCGUUUAGCUGCUUCUGUCGGCAUUCAGCGGCGCUUUACUUUCAAACUGUCCCAAGUUACCAGAGACGUAAAAUGGGCGAAAAUGACGAAAAGAGCCCCGAUGGAGUCAAAUAUUACAGACUGUCGGAGAUCGAGGAGCAGAACUCGUUCAAGUCAACGUGGAUCAUCAUCCACAACAAAGUCUACGAUGUCACCAAGUUCCUGGAGGAGCACCCUGGAGGAGAGGAGGUGCUGAGGGAGCAAGCGGGAGGAGACGCGACGGAGAGCUUCGAGGACGUCGGACACUCCACCGACGCCAGAGACAUGGCCGAAGACAUGAUUAUAGGAGAGCUGCACCCGGAGGACAGAGACAAAAUCGCCAAACCUGAGGAACCUUUAGUGACCACUUUGUGUGACGAGCCCAGCUGGUGGUCUACCUGGGUGAUUCCCGCUCUGGCAGCGGCCAUUGCCACAUUGCUGUACCGCAUCUACAACCAAGAGAGCGAGUGACAUCAUCAAACCUGUCGCUGUAAUGUCACCAAUAUGUGGUACAGUCAAACAGCCCAAUGUUGAUUGACAGCUCUCCCGGCCAAUGGCAGCAAAGACUGGCAGUGGAACAGAGGACUGGCUGCUUCAGGGUGACAGCAUCAGAUCAGAGGAUUAAAACAUCUGUUCUAAGAUCCAUAACUCUACACUGCUGCUCCCCUGUCACAGCACUACAUUACCCAAGAUUCAUUUCAUGCAGUUCAACAAACCAAUCACAUGGCAUUUUAUCAAUGAAGUCGUUAAUGUUGUUGUGACAUUUUGAGAUAUGAAUGUUCUAUCAAAUCUGUGAUAUAAUCUUGAAGAUAUGCAGUGGAUGUAUAAUUAUUUGUAUCUUUUUAUAUCUUUGUACCUGAAUGUACAUUUAUAAAUAUGCAACCAGCAGCUCAUAACAUGCAUUCUGAUUAUGUCCUGAAGAAAAUGUAUGAAGUUUUUAAAAACCUGUGUCCUGCUAUGAACCUACAGGUGCUUUUUAUUUGAAAGAAUUUUACAGAUUCACUUUGUUUUUGAUUUUUAAAUUAGCGCUUUGGAUAGUUUGGUUAAAGAUUUGAUUUGUUCACA